GAACCACACGAGCUUAUUAACAUGUAGAUGUUCAGCCAAUGGAAGCGCGUGUUUACCCUCCAUGCGCUAAGAAGCACGAGCUGGUCAGGGCGCAUAGAAAGAGAAAUGCGGUCUGAAGGGUAUAGCUUCGAGUCAUGAGAGUAGGAGGCCGAGCCCGCAUCUAUUUAGCAACUACCGCUGAAAACGGCACACUAGGAUGUAACUGCUUCCACAUUUUAUUCAGGUUCAUGCUUCCAUUUUCUUGCUUUUUUGGGUUACAAUUUCAAUGAUUUAUUGUUAUGCAAGGAAUAACUUACCAAAAAGAAUGAUCGGAAGCCACUAUUUAGUCUGGAAAAAUCAACGAUGUACUGAAUGCAAGACCUAAACUCCAGAAGGGAUUAUAAUAUUUGGGUUGCGUUUGACGCACUCUGUCUACUCGCUGGAUUUGGGAAUUAUCAUUUUUCGACGGAAUGGAAGGCCGGGAUUUCGCUCCUCCACCGCACCUUCUGUCUGAACGGGGCGCGUUGGUUCACCGCGCCGCCUCUCGGAUUGCUUCUACCGGCCACAGUUCCGUGCAACACCCCGGUCACUUCCAGCCUGGAAAAUAUUACCCAUCGCACAUCCCAAUGGCUCCUCACUCAGGCAGUGGACUGAUGGGGAAUUCUUCUCCCUCCUUCACGUUCCUGGCCAGCAGUUUGGGGUCGCCUCCCUCUCACCCGGCUCACCCCUCCAGACCCCCCUCCUCGCCCUCCUCACCCUCCUUUCACAGUCGGCCGCACUCCAGCGCUUCCCAGAUCUGGUUCCCGCACUCGCACGAAGCAGCCCCCGGGUAUCCCCGCUUCUCCGGGAGUCUGGCCCCCACCUUCCUUCCCAUGAGCCACCUGGAUCACCAUGGCAACAGCGGCGUCCUCUACAGGCAGCCCCAUUUCUAUGACACCCAGAAAGAGAACUUCUAUCUCCGAAGCCUCCCAUCCCAGCCCCCCCUGCUCUCGUCCAAUCACAGCCUCCCGCCCCUCCCUCGGACGGCGACGGGGCACCCCUUGGGGUCCUGCAGCCGCGAGCGGGACUCAGGGGGAGGAGGGGUGCUGAACAAGGGCCCAAAGGAGGGGGAGGUGGAGCGGGGGCCGGUCCCGGGCCCCAAGGAGAAGGAGAGAGGCGGGGGCAAACAGGAGGCCGCAAAGGAGAGGCCGCACCACGGGCUACACGCCCCGCUCCACCCCCAGCACCACCACCCCCACUACGCCCAGCACGCCGCCCAGCUGGAGGAGGACGGCCGGGGCAUGGCCUACAAGGAGCACCCCCUGGCCCGCACCAAGCCCCUGAGCGCCUGCCUGCUCAACGGAAAAGUACCGGGCGAGUCGGGAGGCGGGCCCAAGGGCUCGCUGUCCAGCUGCGGGGGGGCUGGGGGCGGGGCCGGGGGCGGGGCCAGCAGCGGCGGCAGGCACAUGGGGGCGGGGCCGAACGGGCGCUGCGGCAAAGAGGGCGUGAGCGGGGAGAUGAGGAUCAGCGAGCACCCGUCCGACUGUCUGGAGAGGGGCCAGGUGCUGCACCAUUCGGUGCCCUACUCGGUGCCCCCGCCCCUGCCCGUGGGGCCCGCGUCCGGAGGGGGCAACGCCGGGGGCUUCCACUGCCUGCAGCUGCACCCCAGCCACAGCCAUCACGCCCCCCAACCGCACCCCCAUCACCCCCAUCACCCGCACCACCCUCACCACCACCCUCACCACCACCACCACCCCGACUUCUACUGCCCGCCCCCACAGCCGCCCGCCCCGCUCGCCAACCCCUCCCCGCCCGUCGGGGGCCGCGACCCCAAGGUGACGGGGCCCACCUUCGUGCCGUCCGUGGGCCACCUGGGGGACAAGGCCGGCGGGCCCUUCCAGCUGGGCCACCCGGACUGUCGCGGGGCCGGAGGAGCGGGCGGCGGGGCCGCCAAGGACCGGGGGAUGGAGAAGAGCGGGAGCGCGGGAGGGGUGGCCCUGCCCCACCCCUCGGGCAGCUGGCAGAGGAAGCAGCAGCAACAGCAGCAACAGCAGCACGCCUACGGGAAAGCGGACAAGGCCCCUGACUGGCUGCAGCCGCACCACCAGCACCUGCAGCAGCAGCAGCAGCAGCAGCAGCAGCAGCAGCACCAGCAGCACCCCGGCCCCAGGUCCCGGAGCGCCGACUGCAUCAGCAACGCCGCCGACGUGGACGUGUACCGGCCCUCGCUGCCGCAGGGCGCCAAGGGCGGGCACUCGGCGGGCGGGGUGGGCGCCCUGCCCUAUCAGGACUGCUCUCUGUCGGGACCGCCCCCCGGCACGCCGCCCCGCGACGGCAAGGCUCCGCCCCAGCAGGGCGGGGUCGGAGGGGGCGUCUGCGCCAUGCAGAGGGACGGCGGGCAGAAGGUGGCCCGCAUCCGGCACCAGCAGCACACCGGCGGGAGGGCCGGGCCGGAGGGCGCCGACCUGCCGCAGGCCGGGGGCGGGCAGGACCACGGCAAGCGCAAGAUGGACGCCUCCUCCCUCGGGUACGCCGGCCGCGGCCACCAGCAGCCCCACGGGCAGCAGCAGCAGCUGGCCUCCCUGCCGCCCUGGGCGGUGCGGGCCCACCACAUCCACCCGGAGGAAGAGCAGCAGCGCAAGGCCUGCCUGGAGUCUUUCGGUGGGGGCGCGGUCCGGCCCCAGAGCCAGCAGCAGCAGCAGCAGCAGCAGCAGCAGCAGCAGCCAGGGAUGGGCCCGUCUCCCAGCCCCCAGGACCUGCAUGGGCCCCAGGGCGAGAGCAACGCCAUGAAGAGCCUCCUGAAGUACAGCAGCCAGCAGCAGCCCCUGCUGCUGUCCCAGAAGAGCCCCUUCGGAGGCCUCGGGAGCCUCAAGUCGGGAUCCGCCGGGAACGCCGGCGGGAACAGCUGCGUCCUGCAAGGCGGCAAGCAGGCCCUGCCCCCGCGGAAGGGCCCGGCCAAUGAGAGCGACCGGCCGGACUGCGGUGGGAGGGGCCGGGAGGCGGGGGAGGUGCACCCGGGGGAGGGGGAGGUGCGGCAGCCGCCCGUCGGCAUCGCCGUGGCCGUCGCUAGGCAGCGGGAGCCGCCCUGUCGCCCCCUGGAUGGGCACGCCGGCCAGAGCCGACAAGGCCGGGUGUUACCCGCACUGAAAGGUGUGUCACGUCCCGUGUUUCCGUUGGACCCGGAUGGAGACGAGGAGAGGAAGAGGCUGUGUGGGGAACAGCUGGGCCUGUCCUGCCUGGACCGAGAACGAGAGCUGCUCAUCAGGGACAACAAGGAGAGGGUUGAGUUUGCCAGGAUCCAUCCCUCUAGCAGUUGCCACGGUGACCUGACCUCUCACCUCAUGGUACCCAGCGGGGCUUCCUUGCAGUCCAGCCAAUUGGGUACGGACCCUGCCGCACACGCCCAUCCUGCCCAUCACCAUUGGAUGCCACGGACAGGAAGUCCUUCCCUGUGGAUGACAGGCCACUCCUACGGGAUCAGCCACACGGCCCUGCACCAGAACCUUCCGCCGGGCUUCUCCGCCGCCAUGGCCAGCCCCCUGCAGCCUGUGCUGCCGCUCCCCCAGGACCCGUCCGCUCAGCUGGUGGUGCUGCCCGCCGAACCGCCCGCCCACCUCGAUGUGAUGGAGCAGCCUGGACUGUGGCCCCCCGUGUACGGGGCCCGGGGGCCCCCCUCUCACAUGCAGCACCCCGCUGUGUACUCCCGCUCCCAGUUCCUACGGCAACAAGAGCUCUACGCCCUGCAGCACCAUCAGCACCAGCAACAGCAACACCACCAUCAGCACCACCACCAUCAUCACCACCAUCAGCAGCAACCGCAGCAGCAGCACAGAGACACACAGGCUAUAGAGCUGCAGCACAGACACAGCCACGCACAGGUGCAGAAGAAGCCGGAGGAGGCGCCCAUGGAGCUGGAAGACCUCCUGCAGGAGCCCAGAACGCCCAAAUCCACAAAGCCCUUCUCCUUCACCCCGUCCAACAAGAACACCCCUUCCCCCGGGGCGUGCUCCGCCCACCUCUCGCCCUGCUGCCGGUCGCCCUCCCUGCGGCCCCACCCCAAGAGCACGCCCUGCACGCCCUGCCCCGCCCCCAGCCCCGCGGCCGCCGCCCCGCACUCCCCCGCCCUCAGCCCCGCCCCGCCCCACGCCUCCAAAGGGCCCGAGUCACAGGACAAGCGAGGCGAGGGCCAGCCGCCGCAGGAUUACCCACAAUCCCUGGAGCCCGAUUUACCACCUGGCUACACUUAUCCUGCCAUCGCCAUGGGUUACAGGAGUGGCCCCUCCCCCCAGGAUGUCCGAUUGGCCGAGCCUGCUGACCUUGAGGCGGUGCAGGUGGAGCCAGCGGAGCCCCGCCCUCAGCCAAUCCCUGACCUGACGGAGGACUGUGAGCAGGAGGCAGGGCUGAGGGCACUCCCCCAGCAGCAGCAGGAAGAGGAGGCUAGGGGGGUGGAGUCAGGUGGGGUUGUGGAAGUAGGGCUUACCAGCUGUUGUGCCCAAUCAGAGCUGGAGCAGGAACAGGCGGAGCUGUUUGCCUGCCCUGCCACAGAGGGCGGGGUUCUGCAAGACACGCCCUGUCCCACCCCUCCAGCCGUGGUGGUAACCCAGGGAGACGACCCCUCCGUGACCUGCGGGGAUGACGUGGAGGAAGAGGCGGUGGAGCGGGCAGAGGCCGGCGUGGAGGAAGCGGAGGACGGAGCGGUCCUAGAGCCAGACGACCCUGCGGACGACGCCCGCCCGCCCGAAGCAGCCGCGGACGAGGAACCGGGGCGGGGCGUCCCCGGCGAAGGCCGAACCCCGGCCACUCCCUCGCCCUGCCCCGCCCUGCCCCCCCCGCCCUUCAGCUGCUGGAGCCUGGAGCUCCUCAUCGCCGCCACGCUCUGCGCCGACAGGGACGCGCCCCCUCCCGCCCCCCCGGCCCCGCCCUGCGGCGCCCCCUUCUGGCCCUCCCACCACGGCAUGGAGCUCCUCAGCGAGCUGGCUGAGCUGGAGAGGCCGCGGCACUGCGCCGCCACCAGCCAGGAGGAGCUGCUGACCUUCGACCUCCAGAGCCUGGCCACGCUGGCGGCUGCGCGGGCGCUGGAGAUGGAGCCCCAGGAGGGGGCGGCGGAGGGCGCAGGGAGGCACUGCCCCGUCCGCAGGACCCUCAACCUGCGCAGGAAGUGCACCUGGACGCCUCGCCAUGAACCCGUCUUUCCGGUGAAGGGUGCCAUGGAAACGAUGGACGGGCCGGAGCUGGCCAUGCGGGUGCGUCUGGCAGAGCUGCAGAGGCGAUAUAAAGAGAAGCAGAGGGAGCUGGCCAAACUGCAGAGGAAGCACGAACACCAGAAAGAGGAGACCCCGCGCAGUCCUGCUCGCCGAGGACCGGGCAGGCCCCGCAAGCGCAAGUCCACCCCUGGGCCCCUUCCGGGCACCGUGGCCCCUGCCGAUUCCCCGAGGAGAGUCAAGUCUCUGGGGGGGAUUGGCCUGUUGCCUGACGACCUGCGAGGGGGCGGAGAGACUCAGAGGAAGAAGAGGAGGCUGUCCAAUGGGAGUUUUGACCAGCUCAGCACUGCCCAGAUGAAGGGCCGGUGCUGUAAGCAGAAUGGACGGCAGGCUGUGCUGGGGUCCAAGCUGGCCCAGUUCAAACAGAGGCCCAAAACAGUGGUGGGGCCGGCGUUCCGGCGCCGGGGCAACCCAGGAUCCAGCGGAGCCCCCGGGGGCCUGUGCCAGAGGGGCCCCAAGGCUGAGCAGAGACUCAGUGUGGAGUCCGGGGGCCAAAGUGACUCAGAGGAAGAUGAAGAUGAAUGCAGCUAUGACAGUGAGGAAGGGCAGAGUGACGUCAAAGCCUUGCCUUCAAAGGACACUUCCUCCAGUUUGGCCAUGACUGGCCCCUCCCCUUCCUCCAUUGUGAAACUGGAAGCCAAUCAGAAAGCUCGAAACAAGAAAGAGCGACAGGGACUCCAUGGGUCCCACAGCCUGGCGGGUGCGGAAGGCGAGGUGAAGGUGAAGAUGAAGAAGAGCGCCCUCUGCAGGCCGUCCGCUCUCGCCGCGGCCCGGAGGGAGCCUCCGGGGGUGAGGAGGAAGCGCGGGCCCAAGCCCAAACCGCUGCAGCAGCUGUGGAGCAGGCCGGGGCCCGGAGGUGGACCCUACCGCCGCAGUGCCGCACUGGGCAGCCUGCCCACCGCCAGCGAGAGGCUGAAGAGGGCCACGCGCAAGAGCACGGCACUGCGAGGCUUGCAGGGGACGAGGAGAAGCUGUUGGAUUGGCCGAGCACAGUCUCCCUCCAGUGAGGAGAACAGCAGGGGCAGGAGAAGCAGGAGCAAGCAGCCGAAGGGCCGCGCGGUGAGCCGGCUGCUGGAGAGCUUCGCGGCGGACGAGGGCUUCCAGAUGGACGAGGACUGCAGCUUCUCCGAGGGAGAGGGCGACAGCUGCCACUCAAAGCGCCCCUCCAAUCCCAACCGGAGCCCUCCAGCAGCCCCCGAUUGUGUUCUGACCAAAGAGCGUCUGGCGGAUGGGCUGAAGGUGCUGAUCUCCAAAGAGGACGAGCUGCUGUACGCCGCCACUGUCCGAACGCUGGAGCUGCCUGACAUCUACAGUGUUGUAAUCGAUGGGGAGAGAGGAAACCGGCCCAGAAUCUAUUCCCUGGAACAACUCCUGCAAGAAGCGGUUCUGGACGUGCGUGCAGAGACGGAGCUGAUGCUGCCGGCGGGGACGCGGGUGUGUGCGUACUGGAGCGAACGCUCGCGCUGUCUGUACCCCGGAUACGUGCGCAGAGGGGGCGCUGGAGAGGAGGGAAAGGAGGGAAGCGUAAUGGUGGAGUUUGAUGACGGAGACAGAGGUCGCAUCUCUCUGCCCAACAUCCGCCUCCUUCCGCCAGACUACCAGAUUCACUGUGCAGAGCCGUCCCCCGCCCUGCUGGUCUCCGCGCGGCGCGGCCGGAGAAGCUCCGCCCAGGAGAAGUCCACGCCCAGCGACGCGUCGUCGGAGAAGGCGGACACGGAGACGGCGAAGGCCGUGGAGAAGACGGCCGUCCACAAGGCCCGGAGAGGCCGACCGAAAGGCUCAGGAAAGAAGAACCCCGCGUCGGACAUUUUGAAGAAGUGCAGUGCCCCGCUCUUCAGCUGGCCCGCCAUGGCCGCCCCCAGAAAGAGGACCCCCCACGACCUGUUCCAGCUGAACGGGGGCCCCAGGAGGCCCCUGAGGGGCCGGGACCUGGAGGCCUUCCCGCCGGCGCCCGCCCCCGUCAGUGCGCCGGCGAAGGCCAUCUUCAGCAGCUCCUUCGAGGUGGACUCCUUCAGCAGCAUCGCUAACGGCUACUCCUCGUUCGGCCGGCAACCCUCCGCGCUGCCCCCCGUCAGCAGCAGCGCCCCCUGCAGCCGGGGCCGGAGGCCCGGGGACGCAGACGCCUCGCGCUGCAGGAAGACCGGGGGCGCCGAGUUCCUGGUCAAACUGGACCACGAGGGCGUGACCGCGCCCAAGACCAAGAACAGCAAGGCCCUGCUGCUGCUGGGGGCCACGGGCCAGGGGGGCCGGGUGGAGAAGGGCUUCGGGGGGCGGGGCGUGUCGCGCCCCGUGGGCUACUCCCACCCGGUCCUGCUGGUGAAGGACAGCAAAUCCGGCGACGGCACCCGCGUGGAGCUCCUCCUCAAAGGGGCGUCCCCCCUGCAGAAGCCCGCCCCCGCCCCCGCCCCGGGCCCCGCCCUCUCGCUGGGCGAGUACGCCGACUUCGGCAUCAGCUGCCACAGCGACUGCCACAGCUCCUACUCGGACAUGGACGAGGAGGAGGAGGAGGAGGAGGAGGAGGAGGAGAGGAGGGCCCUAGCGGCGGCGGCGGCGGCCUCGGGGGGCCUGAGGACGGCGGGCCGCUUCCUCUCCCGCCUCUCCGUCUCCUCCUCCUCCUCGGCCUCGUCCAGCACGUCUUCCUCGGGCUCCCUCUCCAGCUCCUCCCUCUGCUCCUCGGAGAACGACUCCUCCUACAGCUCGGAGGAUGAGGAGGGCUCCACGCUGCUCCUGCAGGGCUGCCUCUCCUCCCACCAUGCGCUGCUGCAGCCGCCCGAGCCCCCCCCGCCCCAGCGCUCCUUCGUCGCCAAGGCCGUGGCGGUCACCAGGGGCGGGGCCAUGGGUCACGGGGGCGGCGGCAAGCCGCUGAAGAGGAAGCCCUGUCCCGCCGUUACCGCCAAGAACGCGGCCGAGGACCAGGAUUGCGCGGACCUGCCCAAGAGGCAUCGCUUACCGCCCUCGGUCGGACACUCCAUCCCCAAACUGUCCUCUUUCCUGCCCCCCCACCAGCUCUGGAGGUGGUCUGGGAACCCCACGCAGAGACGGGGGAUGAAGGGGAAGGCGCGGAAGCUGUUCUAUAAGUCCAUCGUGCGCGGGCGGGACACGGUGCGUGUUGGCGACUGCGCCGUCUUCCUGUCCAGCGGCCGGCCCCACCUGCCCUUCGUCGGCCGCAUCGAGAGCUUCUGGGAGUCCUGGGCCCACAUGGUGGUCAAGGUCAAGUGGUUUUACCAUCCGGAGGAGACCAAGUUGGGCAAAAGACACCGAGACGGCAAGCACGCUCUGUACCAGUCCCCUCACGAGGACGAGAACGACGUGCAGACCAUCUCUCACCGGUGCCAGGUGGUGAGUCGGGAGGAGUACGAGCGCCUGAGCCGUGACAGGAAGCACUCGGGGCCGGGCGCGGGCCACGACCUCUACUACCUGGCCGGCACCUACGACCCCACCAGCGGCCAGCUGGUCAACGCAGACGGCGUGUCCAUCCUGUGCUAGAGGCCAACCCCCUCGGGAGUACUACUGACAGGCCUCUCCCAUUGGCUCAGGCUUCCACGGUUUUCAUCGGUGUGACGCGCGAAGGGCCCCGCCCCCCCGCACGGACGCGGGAGUCGCUGUUAUCGGCGGCGGCGCCGCCCAAUCGGGAGAGCCCCGGCUCGCCCGCGCGUCUCCGGGCCCCGGCCCCUGAAGCCGCGCGCGCUGUGGGGCGCGAGAGGACCGGAGGAGGGGCCGAGGCUGCGUCCACCGUCCCCGGAAACGGCCGAGGCGCCGAGAUCUUCGCAGUUCCCCCAGGGGAGGGAAGAAAAGGACCCUCGAAGCUCGCGGAAGGAGUGCUUUUUCCGGCAGGACUGCGCUUGCUGGAAGUGAACCCGCCCGGGCGGGGGAAUCCGGGCGUGACCAGGGGUGUUGGGAAGGGUCACCCUCACGAGUGAGGAUGUGUGGCCCACGUGCCCCAAACCUCACUGAUAAUUCCAGGGAUAUUUUUAAUGCGUAGUUAUGUAAAUAUAUACAUAAAUAUACAUAUUAUAUAUAUGAAUAUAAAUAAUUUCUUGUUUAAUAUAAACUAAGAAUGAUUUUCCAAUCAAGCCAUACACUUCAGUACCUCUUGCCUGUCUUCUGAAUCAGGUGAAUAUUGUACAGGAUAUUUAUCUGUUCUCUGUGUCCAUAUGUAUAUAAAAAGGUAUUGUAUAAAUAUGAAUAUAUGUAUGCUGUACAUAGAGAAUUGAAUUCCUCUCGCAAUGUUUUUUGAUGGUGUUAUUUUUUUAUGAUUGGUGAAUAUUAAUUCAGAUUUUCUUUGGAAAGAGAAAUCGUGCACUGGACCCCCACCUGCUGAGGGGGAGAGGGGGAAGAACGCUGUGGUGAAAGAGUUAAGGGUCAUGAACGAAAACUUCUCUCAGGGCUUUUUCUUAAACCCCGAAAAGAGAAACAGCCCACAAAGAGGAGAGGGCUCCUGUCAUGGGUCAUGGGUCAUAGGUCAUUUGUCAAGUGGCUUUCUGUAACCGCCUCAUGGUGUAUGUGCGUGUGUGCAUCUGUGUGUGUGUGUGUGAGAGAGAGUGUGUGUAUGUAUUUCUUGCUUUACUUUUCUUUAUUGCUUAUGCUUUGUUUCACAUUGGCAGUGCUGCUUUGAGGAGCAAAGUGACUGUAGCCAGGUUGUGACCACGGAGACACCAAGCACCGGUCUCCUGUCCCUAGAUCGGAAUGACCGGCCGUUCUUUCACAGGGGCUGUGAGCUGGUCUGCUAUUGGGUUUCGAGAGGAAAAUGAGACCGAGGCUUCGUGCACUGUUUUGGUGGGCAGUGUGGUCGCGUAAAAAGAAUGCCAGAAUGGCACCUACUUUCUUAAAACGCUUGUAUGUCUUUCCUACCUUGCUGUUACAUAAUGAUCUUUUAAAAAAAGAAAAAAUCCAAAUCCUCCUCUCAAUUGUUAUUUCUCUGUUAUUUGGAAAGGAGUAUUGAGAAUUAACACAGGGUUAAAAAGAUCUGGUUUAAAAAAACCAAAGCACCUGUAAGAUUUUGUUAUAAUACAUAUAAAUAUCUACUAGGAAGUACAAUCUGGGAUCUUAAGAGAUCCAGGGCCCCCGGCAAUUGGAUUGGCUCACGUAUUUUAAUUAUUCUGGAACCCUGCGACUGGUGUGGAAGCCAUUUUGUCUGUUAAUGACGCGGGCAUGUAGCUUUCCGGCUUUCAGCUAGAUGAACAAGGAUCAGCGGACACAGACUUACGCAUGGAAACGUUUCCCCAGCGUUGUGUGUAUGUGUUGUGGGAACAUCCCUUGUUCAUAGGUUUUGUGAGGCAGGAGUAUCUGACAGUACCGUACACGGGCCCACACAUACUGUUUCUCUAGCUGUGUAGGACAAUCAGGUUUAAAGUCCCAUACGCUCUGUCAAUCAAAAAGUUGGUUGUUGCUUUUUUUUUUUUUUUUUUGCUCUUGCCAAAUGCAUUUUUUUUCUUGCCUUCGUUAUUGUUGUUGUUGUUCAGUAUGCAAUCCUGACUGUUUUCAAAGUCUGCUUAAUGUUCUUUUUUUUACUUUUUUGCCAUGAACUCUUAUUUAUUGCUCAAUGUUGCUGUUACAUUGCAAAACCGAUAGCUUUAAAAGAGAGAGAGAAAAAACUGCUGUUAUACUUACAGUGUAUGUGAUGUCACUUUUUGUGUUCCGCCUCUAAAAAAGAAAGGUUGUUUGAUGGAGUCCUUAAUUGAUGGAGUAAAAAAAGAAGGAAUAUGUACUGAAAUAAAAGCGCAUUCAGCACUUCAAAAUUCUCA